AUGGCCCUCUGCAGGGCCCUCGUGCACCUCCGGCCGGUGUACGGCUUCGAGGUGGUGGGCAUCCAUAUCGACUACGGCAACAGGCACGAGAGCGGCCGAGAGGCAGACUUCGUGCAGGGGUGGUGCGCGAGGCACGGCGUGGUUUUCUACAAGAGGGCCAUCGGGGAGGUUCGGAGGGGGGUCACCGCCCGCGAUGAGUACGAGAAGGUGGCUCGCGAGAUCCGCUUCGACGCAUACAAGGCGGCGCUGGGAGGGCGAUCGAAGGACGGCAACAGCGACGGCAACAGCGACGGCAAUGAGGGAGGCGGCAAGGAGGAGAAGGGAGAAGGGGGAGGGGGGCGUCCGGCGGUGAUGUUCGGGCACCACGAGGGGGACGUAGAGGAGAACGUGCUGACGAACCUCAUCAAGGGCUGCAGCAUCCUCGAGCUCGCAGGCAUGUCGCCUGAGAACACCGUCAACGGGGUGCGGGUGUGGCGGCCCAUGCUGCCGUUCGGGAAGGACGUGGUGUACGACUUCGCGCACAAGUUCGGGGUGCCCUACUUCAAGGACACCACGCCGUCGUGGUCUACCAGGGGAAAGCUUCGCCGUCAGUUGAUCCCGAUGAUGGAGGACGUGUUCGGGAGCGGGGUUCUGGGCCACCUGUCGGCCGUGGCGAGGGAGUCGGACGAUCUCAGGGACCUGGUGCACCGGGAGCUGUUCCAGCCGGUCUGGGACAAGGCCGUCACGCAGCCGCUGGGGCUACGCCUCGAUGUCGAGUCUUACAGGAGCCACGGCCUGCUCUUCUGGAAGGAGGUUUUGCGGCAGCUGGUGCACAAGAUGGGGAUGCCCAUGGUCCGCGACAAGACCCUGGGAAUGUUCGUCAGGGACACGCUACAGCGGGACACUCACGUACCUCUGAAGGACAAGUGGGUAGAGCUGAGGAAAGAGUACGUGGGUUUCCUUUGCGGAGGAAGCCUGUACAUCUUCAGGAUGGGGGUCUUCCUGCCGCCGAACACGUCCUACGGCGAGAAGGCCGAAGGGACACCUGUCCCGCUAGACGGUGGUCUCGUACAGGUCGGUCCGUGGAGGAUCACAACGGCAGAGACCGAGACCAAACUACCGCAGGAGCUGCAGGGGUUCGAGCGAGGCCGUCCCCCCGCGGCCAACGCCCUUCCGUUUGCGUCCAUGGAGGAGCUCAUGGACGGGGAGUUGAGCUACGUGGUGGCGGUGCCAGACACGCCGGAGGCAGCGCUAACGGUCCAGCCUGGUUUGAGAGCGAAGGCCCCGGCUUGGCGAGACGUCGACCCCCGCAUACGCCGCGGGAUGCCCCUGCUCGCCCCGCCCCCCUCACGGGACCCGCCUCUUCUGAAGGAGAGCGGCGCGAGGAUGGUGACGGUCACGCUCAAGUAUACGGGAGCGGGCACGUCACCCUUGUAACGGUUCGUUGUAACGGUUCGUUAGUACGAGUGUUAUUUUUGCAUUGAGAAAAUAUAUCACUUUUGCCGUGUUAGCUUACA